AUGGGUGCCACCCCGUUCCAUCGAUCCAUCCUCGAGGUCCGGUUGCCAAAGCACUUCUCCAAACCAACGGAAAUGAGGUACGAUGGAACCCAAGACCCUCUGGAACACCUCACAGCCUUUGAAGCUAGAAUGAAUCUGGAGGGAGUAGGGGACGAGGUGAGGUGCCGAGCCUUCCCGGUGACCCUGGCAGGACCCGCAAUCAGAUGGUUUAACGGCCUCCCGCAGGGAUCCAUCUAUGGGUUUUCGGACAUCACCCGUGCCUUCUUAGCUCAAUUCACAACACGAAUAGCAAAGGCAAAGCACCCGAUCAACCUGCUUGGGAUAACCCAAAGACCCGGGGAGCCGACCAGAAAAUACCUGGACCGGUUCAACGACGAAUGCUUGAAAAUUGACGGCCUAACCGACUCGGUGGCCAGCCUUUGUCUGACGAACGGCCUCCUCAACGAGGACUUCCAAAAACACCUCACCACGAAACCGGUUUGGAUGAUGCACGAGAUCCAAACGGUAGCUAAGGAAUAG